AUGUUUGUUCUGUCUCUGCUCGGCACAGUGUUUCUGAUCUGCCCAUAUGGGGGUGAACUUCGAGACCCUCUGAGAGAGAGUGGAAUGAUGUGUUAUCAAUGCAGAAAAUUUCAUCUGGGUUUAUGCUAUGAUGUCAUGAAGUCCUGCAAACUGAAGCAUAAACAGUCCUGUGCUACUGAGAACUUCUACACACUUACAAGUAAAGGGCAGAGCAUGUAUCAUUAUUCAAAACUGUCAUGUAUGACCAACUGUGAGGACAUCAACUUCCUGGGUUUUGAUAAGAGGACAGAGCUUAUCUGUUGCAAGCAUAGUAGCUACUGCAACCUCCCCGACGGCGUCUAG